UCAAUCUUUAUUUAUCUGAUUCUAUUGAGAUUUUUGAAUUUGUCAUUCUUAGGAUGUUUUACAAUAAAUAAAAAGUUAGGUAUAUUUAAAAGUGAAUUACAUCCAUGCGUACAGUUACCAAGUGUUGAUAUUUCUCUAAGUACUAUGUUUUUAAGAGUAACUUAGUUUAAAAUUUAUAUGUCGUGGACGUUACAAGUAUUUAUAAAACAACAAAGAUGGUCUAUUUUGCAAAUUUCACAUGGGACUGGAGAUAUAUAUGUGGUCCAGAUGGCCUUCGACCGUGGGACGAUGUAACGAAGGACAUUGGAAUCUGUUUUCAAGAAUUGUUUUUAGAAAUACCGGUGUACUUUCUACUUGCCAUUUUUUCAGGAUAUUAUAUUGGUUUAAGGAAACAUUGGGUAGUUAGAGAAAAAACACAAGAACGAGCAAUAACUUUACGUAGUUUCAUAGUAUUAGGCUUAGUAUUCAUUCCUAUUAUACAUUUAUAUAUAUUUAUAAGUAAUGACAAAGAUCAUCUAUACCCCAUUGAUUAUUUUACUGAGAGUGCGAAAUGUCUGGCGUGGAUCGUACACUUUGGUUAUAUCCUGGCCUUGAAGCAUCGCUUGGGGCAAAGUUCUCGAGGGCCCCUUUGUCAGCUCGUGCUAUGGAGUAUAAUAGUGCUAUUCAACGUAACAUCCUUGCGCAGCACCAUACUAACGGGCUCUUCAACAGCAUACAAUAUUGCCACCUUAUGUUGUCAUGUCCUAUACUUUCUUACAUUACUACCAUCAAGUGAUUCCCGGCCAACAUUCUAUUCACCAUGUCUUGUUGGUUCCCAACACUCUCAUAGUGAAUAUACUCCAUUACUGCCACAAAUUGAUGAAGGUGUCCUUGGGACUGCUAUGCAAGGCUUGAGUUACUGGUCUAAGCUAACAUUUUCGUGGGUGGAUCCACUAUUACAAAAAGGAUAUGAAAAGAAAUUACAGGAUGUUGAAGAAUUGUAUGAUAUACCAUCUAAAUACAGAUGCUCAUAUGUUGGAGCGAGGAUAGACAGGGCUCUUAUCGGAAAUGUUGAUAACUAUCAACAGUUUACAGAAGUUCCUCAUCAACCAUUUAUAGGCUCUAGCUAUGGGUCAACGGAUGACGUAACAGAGACCACUUCAACGGCUGUAACACCGACGUCACGUGUGUUGCUCCGUCCGUUGAGACGGCAGAACGUCUCUCUCUUUCGCGCCCUCCACAGUUGUUUUGCCCUACAGUUCUAUGGUAUUGGAGUCCUUAAACUGGUAUCCGAUAUGGCUGGGUUCGCUGGGCCGAUAUUAUUGAACAAAUUAAUCACAUUCAUUGAAGACGACAGCAUCGAUCAACACUAUGGAUAUGUCUAUGCUGCGUCACUCCUGGCGGCCACUGUGAUCGGAGCUUUAUUCAAUGUCCAUUUUAACUGGUUGAUGUCGAUCAUCGGUCUCAAGAUGCGAGGUGCUAUCAUCUCUACAAUCCUGAGGAAGACUCUUAGCGUGACGUCAACAGAACUGAACAGAGCCUUCUCGGUUGGGGAGAUAACUAAUUUCAUGUCAACUGAUACCGAUCGUAUUGUUAACGCGUGUCCAAGUUUUCAUGCAGUAUGGAGUAUUCCUUUGCAACUAGGUAUCACACUAUACCUUCUGUACGACCAAGUGGGUGUGUCUUUCUUAGCCGGCGUGGCGUUCUCAGUGAUACUAAUUCCCAUAAACAAAUUGAUAGCCAAUAAGAUUGGUGAUCUGAGCACCGAAAUGAUGAGAUACAAGGACGACCGUGUCAGUCUCAUCAGCGAUAUGCUCCGCGGUAUAAGAACAGUCAAAGUCCACGUCUGGGAGGACUACUUCAUCGACAGAGUCAACCAGGCUCGAAAGAAGGAGCUACAUUACCUGCGCGGCCGGAAGUACCUGGAUGCGGUUUGUGUAGUGCUAUGGGCGAGUACUCCUGUGUUGGUCGCCGCGCUCACUCUCGGCACUCACUCGCUUCGCGGUCUGACCCUCGAUGCACCCACGGUGUUUACAACUAUAGCCUUAAUAAACAUGCUGAUUGCGCCUCUAAACGCAUUCCCCUGGGUGUUGAAUGGUCUCACCGAAGCUUGGGUUUCUACAAAACGUAUCCAGAAACUUCUUGAUCUCAGGGACAUGGAUCUAGAACAUUAUUACGAUCGCCUCAACACCAACAGAGAUGAAGAUAAAAUUAUUAUAUUAAAGAACGCCACAUUUACAUGGGCUAAGCCGUCGGUUUGGAGGAGGGCGGCAUCGAAAUCUAAGAAAAACAAAGGAAAAUCUAAGAAGAAUUUAUCUAAAAGAAUCGACAGAACUGUCUCUGAAUCCUCUCAGGAAGGAACGGUCGAGCCGUUCAAAUUGAAGGAUAUUUCAUUGGAGAUCGGUAAAGGGGAAUUAAUAGGUGUGGUUGGUCCGGUCGGUAGCGGGAAGACAUCCCUGCUCCUCGCCAUUAUAGGUGACAUGAUUAAACAAAGCGGCGACAUACAAAUACCAGAGAAUCUCGACAGUUUCGGUUACGUAUCCCAACAGCCGUGGCUCAUUCGCGGUACAAUACGCGACAACAUUCUAUUCGGCAAACCUUACGACGAGGUCAAGUUCAGGACGGUGGUGGACGCGUGUGCUCUCACAGAAGACUUGAACGUUCUCGGCUGGAAUGCGUAUGUGGGUGAGGGAGGUUGUACACUCAGCGGCGGACAGAGGGCGCGAGUGGCGCUAGCGAGGGCUGUAUACCAGGACAAACAGGUAUAUUUACUGGACGACGUGUUAUCGGGCGUGGAUGCGUCGGUAGCACAACAUAUAAUGCAUCGCUGCGUGAUGGGUGUGUUGCGACACACCACACGAGUGUUAGUGACGCACUCGCCACGCCAUCUAGCGGGGGCGGCGCGGGCUCUGCUCUUACAGGAAGGACGGAUCGCCGCACUCGGUUCACCCGAAGCCGUUUUGAACGAAAUCGAAGAAUAUUUUCCCAGUGAAGCGGAUUCAUUAGGCGAAGAACCGGCUCAGAGCCGAGAAGAAGAGAAAAAACACGACGAAUCUGAUAACAUCAGUAGAAAUAGCUUAGACAAUGACGAAGCUAUGUCAGAAGGUUCAGUGGAUUGGUGGGUGAUCGGCCUGUAUCUCAGAUCAGUCGGAGCGUUUCUGACGACGUGCAUCAUAAUAUCGCUGGUGUUGAUGCAGCUGUCACAGAACUUCACUUUCGUCUGGCUGACGUUUUGGGUCAGGAACAAAACGAAGAAUUCGACCGCCUUCUUCAUAGACAAUGUCCACGAGAACACCACAGUACUGGAUCACGGUUUCAAUUUCGCUGACAAUAUCGUUCAUACGAUUGUAAAUACAUUGGCUGUUAUUAAUAGAGUCAAUAUGACCACUGAACGGUCGCCAGAUGUCGCUGGGACUGUCCUAGAAGUACCCAAGUUAAGACUGCCAUCGUACACUGAUAACUAUUAUCUAGAAGUUUAUUUCGGCUUAGCUGGUCUCAAUUUGGUAUUUACUAUAAUGAGGGCCUUCCUGUUUGCUUAUGGUGGUGUUAAAGCAGCUUCGAAGAUACACAGAAUUCUUCUCAAAGUCAUCGUCAAGGCUAAUGUUAAAUUCUUCGACAUAACUCCAGCGGGUCGUAUCAUCAAUAGGUUCUCGUCCGAUACAUACACAGUGGAUGACUCUCUUCCAUUCAUUAUGAACAUUCUGCUAGCACAAUUCUGCUCUCUGAUUGGAGCGGUUGCUGUAACAGUCUACGGUCUUCCCUGGUUGUUGGUCGGUGUACUUCCCAUGACUUUCAUCUACUACAGGUUACAACGUCGUUACCGAGUCACCUCCCGUCAGCUCAGGCGUCUACAGAGCGUCGCACUGUCCCCUGUUUAUGUACAUUUUAACGACACCUUAGAAGGCGUGAGCAGUAUCCGUGCGCUCGGCGGGUCGUCCCGCUGGGCUGCUCGCGGCGAGGAGGCGGUUGAACGCUGGCAGCGUACAGCGCUGUGUUCAACCGCUGCAGCACAGUGGCUGGCGUUACGUUUGCAGGCCGCGGCCGCUGCUGUUGUAGCCGCUGCAGCGCUGCUGGCCGCAAUGCAGCGUGCAACACACGCCGCUGAUCCCGGUCUCGUUGGCUUGGCGAUAUCCUAUGCCUUGUCUAUGACGUCGAUGCUCAGUAACGUACUGAACUCAUUCACAGAAACUGAAAGGGAAAUGAUAGCUGUUGAACGUGUAGGAGAAUACAUUACACAGGUGGAAAGUGAAAAGAUCGACGGUGAUCCCCCACCAUACGGCUGGCCGUCUCACGGUGUUGUCAGUUUCGAAGACGUUUAUUUGAAAUAUGGUAAUAACGGGUCAGCGUUGCGCGGCGUCUCUUUCUCAUGUUCGCCGGGCGAGAGGGUGGGAGUCGUUGGAAGAACAGGCGCCGGUAAGAGCUCUCUGCUGCGAGCCGCGCUACGACUGGCGAAUUGCAGCAGAGGACGGGUCGUCGUCGACGGAGUUGAUGUCGCCACGCUGAACCUACACGCUCUAAGAUCACGGAUAGGCAUGAUACCGCAGGAGCCUUUCAUAUUUUCUGGUAGCAUACGAGAGAACGUGGACCCUCUAGGUCAGUAUUUGGACGCGGAGGUGUGGCGAGCUCUGGACGCCUGCGGGGCGAGGGCGCUGGUGACGUCACACGGAGGACUCGACUCACCAGCCAUACUGUUGUCGAAAGGGCACGCGCAGAUACUGUGUCUUGUACGCGCGCUCUUGCAGAAAGCUAAGAUCCUUCUAGUGGACGAAGCAACAGCAAACUUAGACCAGGACACCGAGCGUGUCAUAUUAGACACUAUCAGGUGUUCGUUCAGCAGCAGCACGGUGAUGUUUGUGGCACACCGCGUGGCCGGAGUGCUGGAGUGUACACGUGUGCUCGUCAUGGGCGCCGGCCGCGUACUGGAGAUGCGAACCCCGGACGACGCGCUCGCCGACCCCACCUCCCACUUGUACCAACUAUUACAUCCUGUACAAUGAUGACAAUAUUAUAACAUUAAUACACUUGUCAAUCCCACAAAAUAUAUAUAUUUUGGCUAAUUACUCUAUAUUCCAAUAGCCGUAUAUAAGUAUUACUAUUCAUAUGACAGAUAAAAUUUACUUGUUUGGUGAAUAUUAUUAGAACUCUUUUAAAGUAAUAAUUGAUAAUUAUUUUAAUUUUUUCUCUAUGUAGCUCUAGAGUCAUGGUCUAGAGUCAAAUAGUUACAAGUAGUCAUAUUUCAGAUGGAACAGAUUUUAAAUCGAACAUAUCGCAAUAACAUUGGAAUGUUAAAAUAUUAACGUUAGUUAAGAAUAGAAUAUUUAAAUUCUUGCUCUGGUUUAAGUAGAGAUUUUUAAUAAAUUCCAAAGACAUUAGGCAUUUAAAUGAAAAAAAAAAUAUUGUUAACCUUAAAUUAUUAUAUUUCAGUGAUUAAUAAUUAAUGUGAUACAAACUCUAUGGUAAUGUUGAUUUUUAUAUAAAGUUUUAAGUCGAUGUGUCAAUUAUUAAUAAAUUUAAUGAGAACUAGUUUUAAAUACUAUUUAGUCAAUUGAUUUUGCUUGCUAUUUUUAAGUAUAUUAAAAAAAAUAUAUAUAAAAUAAUUAUGAUUUUUUUUUUAAUUUACAUUUAUUUCUUUUAUAUUAAAUCGCGUAAGUAGAUCUCAUUGCGUGAAGACUGUUCGCUUAAACAAGUUAUGUGCUUUGUAUAUUAUUUUUGUAUUAUCAACACGGUUCAUUCAUUGUAAGUGCAUGAUCCAAAGUUGCGUUAUUGUAACAGAAUGUAUGGAAUGUUUGAGAGAUAAAUAUAAUUAUAUCGAGAUUAUGUUCUGUGUUAAAAAUAAAUAACAUUAUUGUAAUGUAAUAAAUAAUGUCUACAGAUUUCGUUCUUCCGGUUUCUUGUAAGGAUAGUCGAUGUAGUCGAAAAUGUCUUCUUCUGAUGUGAUCGGCACCGGCUGUCCGUGGACACCUUGAUAGAAAUGUUGCUUUAUAAAUUGUAUUACAAAUAUAUGUAUUUGAAACA